AUGAGCGGAACACACAAUUCAUUCUCCAACUUCUUCCAUGAUCUCCUGAGCUUCAAUGUCCCAUUUGAUGAGUAUCAGACUAAUGAUGAAUAUGUCUUUGUUGGAGAUGUCGCUGGAGUACAAAAGGAACAUAUCAAUGUUAACUACCUUAAUGGUAGGUUGAAGAUACAGGGCAACAGAGAUUGUACAAAGAACAUCAAUAUGUUUGCUGAACGUUGGUGUGGAGCAUUCACAAGAGAGUUCACUAUACCAACCAGUAUCCAAUCCGACAAGAUAUCAGCGUCCCUCAAGGAUGGUGUACUGGAGGUACGCGUACCAAAGGAGCCAUCAAAGGAGGGCAAGUCAGGAAAGAGCAUCGAGAUCAAGUAA